UGUCCUCUCUUCUGGUGCACACGUGUUGGAAGCAGUGAGGAAGUGCAGAGCAGUCCUGACCCAAGUGAGACAGUCCAUCAGUGCGCCCGCAGAGACGUGCGCACCACCCGCUCAAAACCAGCAUCUGUGCAUCCACAGCCUUUAAUUUGGGACACAUACACUCCUCAUGUGGACUCUUCAGGAUAAGAGGAGCAUUCCCGGCUUUACAUUCUUGGAAUAUUCAAUCUGAUGCUGUAGAGGGCAGGUUAAAAUUGAGGAGCCAGUCUAGCCUGAAGAAGGAGGUUUCAUCGGGAAGAAUGGCAGGAUUUACUCCCAUUUUCGUUCUCUUGGCACUCCUCGCCACUUGCGUCUCAUCCAGCAGCAAGUCAAAUGUGCCGCGCCUCAGACUCUCCUAUAAAGAUCUACUGUCCACCAACAGGUCUUCUAUCUUCAGUGGGCAUCAUGGCCAACUCUCACUCUCAACCGUCUAUCUGGAUGAGUACCGUGACCGUCUCUUCCUGGGGGGCAAAGACGUCAUGUACUCUCUCCUCCUGGGACCAGGCAGGAGCGAGUCCAAGGAGAUUUAUUGGCCCCCAUUGCCUGGCAACCGAGAAGACUGCAUUCAAAGGGGGAAGGAGCCACAGACGGAGUGUGCCAACUUUGUGCGCCUCUUGCAGCCAUACAACCGUACUCACCUCCUGGCCUGUGGCACUGGCGCAUUCCAUCCUAUGUGCAGUUUCAUCUAUGUGGGCCAUAGAGGAGAGCAUGUCUUCACUAUGGACCCUAAAAAUGUGGAGAAUGGACGAGGGAGGGUCCCGCAUGACCCCAGCCUUCCUUUUGCAAGCACCUUCAGUGGUGGAGAGUUAUUUACAGGACUGACGGCGGAUUUCUUAGGGAGAGACUCUGUGAUCUUCAGAAGUAUGGGAGGUCGCUCCACCAUGAGGACAGAGACUGACCAUAAAAUCCUUCAUGACCCCAAGUUCGUGGCUGCACACCUCAUUCCAGACAGCGACGAUCGAGACGAUGACAAAGUGUAUUUCUUCUUCACCGAGAAGGCCACCGAGGCAGGAGACAGGGAGGAGGCCAUUCACACACGUGUUGGACGAAUGUGUGCGAAUGACGUCGGAGGCCAGAGAGUGCUGGUGAAUAAGUGGAGCACCUUUAUCAAAGCCAGACUGGUUUGCUCUGUCCCGGGACCUCAUGGCAUCGAUACACACUUCAACCAACUGGAGGACAUUUUCUUGCUCAGAGGAAAGGAUGUGAGGAACCCGGAUAUUUAUGCAAUCUUUAGUACAAUCAGUAACGUGUUCCAGGGUUUUGCCGUCUGCGUAUAUCGCAUGGCUGAUAUCAGAGAGGCCUUUAACGGACCAUUUGCUCAUAAAGAGGGACCAGAUUACCAGUGGGGUGCCUAUGAAGGCCGGGUGCCUUACCCCAGACCAGGAGUGUGUCCCAGUAAAAUCACCAACCAGCCGGGCAGAGAGUUUGCCAGCACCAAAGACUUCCCCGACUACGUACUCCAGUUUGCCCGCAGCCACCCACUGAUGUGGCGGCCGGUGCAACCCGCCUUACGCCGCCCUGUGCUGGCCAAGGCAAACGUUCCUUACAAGCUCAAGCAAAUCGUGGUGGACCGCGUCGAGGCAGAGGACGGGCAGUAUGACGUUAUGUUCAUCAGCACGGACAUUGGUACGGUGUUGAAGGUCAUCGCCCUUCACGGAGGGAACAGCCUGGAAACGGAAGAGGUCACGUUGGAGGAGCUUCAAGUUUUCAAAGUGCCAACCUCAAUUACAUCAAUGGAGAUCUCAGUCAAAAGACAAUCCCUGUAUGUGGGCUCCCCAGCCGGCGUGGCUCAGGUGAAGCUUCACCGUUGCGAGACCUACGGCAAGGCUUGCGCCGAGUGUUGCCUGGCCAGAGACCCUUACUGCGCCUGGGAUGGCUCGUCCUGCGCUCGAUACGUCUCCAACAGUAAACGUCGCUUCCGAAGGCAGGACAUCAGGCACGGAAACCCGGUGCUGCAAUGUUUGGACCAGAAUUUUAGUGAGGACCUGGAGGAGAUGGAGGACCGGGUGGUGUACGGCGCUGAGAACAACAGCACUUUUCUGGAAUGCGUUCCUCGCUCCCCACAAGCUUCUGUCAUCUGGCUGGUCCAGCGUGAUGACCGCAAGGAAGAGGUCAAGAUGGACGAUCGGGUCAUAUCUACAGAGCAGGGCCUGCUCUUCCGUCGCCUCCUCAACCAAGAUGCCGGCAUCUACAUCUGCCGUUCCAGAGAGCACGGCUUCAGCCAGACACUCGCCCGACUUAGCCUUGAAGUCCUCCAGGGCGACACCUUGGAUGAGUUGACGGCACGGGACAACACUGGCCUUUCUGACCUACUUAAAGACAGAUCGACCGGAAGCUACAGGAACUGGAUGCCGUGUAGCACAUACAACAGGUUGAGUCCGAUCGGCCAGUCGCGUAUGUGGUUCAAGGAUAUCAUGCAGACGAUCGGUCCGUCCAAUCUGCCCCAUGUGGAGGAGUACUGCGAGAGGAUGUGGUGUAACGAGAAGCUGAGGAGGAAGCACAAGAGCAUGGUGGAGAAGUAUCGGCAGGCUCAGGAGAGCGCCAGGAAGGCCCGCAGCAAGAGUUCCAGUGAGCGGAACCGGACACCGCGGGACCUUAGCGCACGGCAGGAGUGAUGGGAAGAAAACUUUAGGAGGGGAACUAUAAAAGAGAAAAGAAAGACAAUUUUGGGACAGUAGGACCAGGAUAGCUGGAGUCGGAUUUAUGAGAACAUAGACGAUAGAGUGUAGAUGCUUGGUUCUGGUUAUCACUCCCCAAAUGGAUGUCGUGAUCUGGAGGAAAGACCGGGCCUGAACAUGAUGGCAAUGUGGACAAUGUUUCAAAUACUCUUUCAUGGUGUCUGUAAAUUUAGCGCGUAUCAGAUGUUAAGACGGACAACCCUCCGCCCCCUUUUUUUUUUUUUCAUAUUUACCGUACAUGCCUCCGGGUAAGUUUCAACAAUGCACAUUCUAUCCAUGAGUCUUAAGUGGACAAUAUACAGAUCGCCUAUGUCAACAUAUAGCAUUGGAUUUCUUCACUAUGUAUUUAUGGGCCACGGCCUUGUUCUGUUAUUUCACUUGCCGGUCCAGUUCUGUUUAAGAUCAGCACCGUCUCCACUUUAUGUUAACCCAAAACACUGACAUCGUUAGCUCAACUAGCUAAUACUGAAAGUAACACAGAAACGACAUGUUGAUGGUUCAACAGAUGAUGAACACAUUGCUUUGUUUUCACUACUGAGCACUGAACUUUCCAGAGAUGGAGCCAGAAAUGGAAAUCCUUCUUCAUUAAUCCUUCAAUCAUGCUGAAAGAGAUCCACUUCAUCUUAUUUGGUUCAAUAUGGUACGCAAGGUGACAGGAUGACAGAUGACAGGACAAUGCAAAGCCAAGCAACUACUAAUGGAAAAAAUGCUCUUCAUUACUUUCCAUGACUGAUUUUUAUAUCCAUGGAUUAAACUAACUUUUAAAAUGUCACUUGUGGAAUGAUCUUAAUUCUUUGUCGUCAACAUUGGAAGAUUGUCAUAAUAAUCCAUUAAUUGAUCCAUCGGUGUAAUGUGUUGAAACGGUUGCCAGAAUUGUCCUUGUUUAAUAGAAAUAUUCAUAUGUAUUGUUUCUUUCAUGGACAAGUAGACAUGACAUUGUCAGAAAUGUCGACUGUCGCGCCCUAACACUUUCAUUGUGAUAGUUACUGCUUAAGCAAGUUUCAAUGUGUAUUUAUAGAUACAUGCUCAAAUCUGGACGCUCUCUCACGGCUUAGGAACUGGAAGAUUUUAUUCUAUAAAUGAAAGACUUCAAUCAGACAUUGUCAAAUAAUAAUAGAAGCAUUGCUUUGUUUAAAAUUUUGGUCAUUCACACAAUUCUUCGUUUUAAGGCACGGUCUGUUUUCACUGUGGUCCCAGCACACUAAAGCACGUUUGACACUUGCAGUGUUUGUUUUCCUUGUCUGGGAUACGGUGAUGCUGACUAUUAGACUCCAAUUAAGGUGUUUUCUCUGCAAAUAUUGCUCCUUUAGGAGGAGGAAAGGGGGCUGCUUGACAGGACGGUGAAAGAUAAAAUGUGAUGUACUGAAACAAGCCAAAUUGCCAAAAUUAUUUUACCUGAAAAUGUGUCACAAAUGGGUGCCAGUUGUUAAAUUAUCCCAGAUGCAUCUAUACAACAGUGCAACUUACAACUUCUGGUGGUUUAUUUGUGGAGAUAACUUGUAAGUUUUCUCCGUCCUUUGAUUGGUAUUCGUCCAGCAGUGCUUUUGAAGCUUUUGUUGCUUUUAUAACAUAAUAGUGAUAGUAUUUUAUUUUUUUUUAACUGAGCAGAUUUUCAAAAAUAUCUAUCGACACCAUUUGAAAAAAUUGACUGUCCGUAAAACUGCAUUUGCAGGCUGUCAAUGCCACAGGUGGUGCUGGAGGAUGGUAAAGCUUUUCGCCAAUCAGAACCCUGGAAAAAGUCGAAAUGGUGAAUUGAGAAACUACUCAAUCACAUCAGUUAACAAAACAAAAAGCAAACAA